AUCGGACUUUAUCUCACAGUCAUCGGCACUGUUUUUAUAAUCUACUGGACACGUGCUUCUACAAAUCCAGCAGCUCGAGUGUAAAGGAGACGCCAGAAACACUGAGUGAAGGUGUAAAGGCGACUUCAGAGAUGGCUGUUAGUGCUGAAAAGGAGUUUGCCAUGGAUAAUGAAGUCAUCAGUGCCAGUGAAGAUGAGGAAGGCAGUGACAAUGAGAGGAAACACAACAAGCUUCUACAAGCCAUCAGUUCUCUGGGUGGAAAGAGAAGGAAAAACCAGACCGAGCGUUCUGAAGCAAGUCUGCAGGUCUCCGAGUUCUUCGUCAGUGCGGAGGGUGCUGGAGACAAAGUCGGCCUGUCGGACCUGCUGGGAACUGUGGAAAAGACCACAGGAGCCACUAAAACCAAGAAACAGCUGAGGAACCUGCAGAACAGAAAUGAGACGCUGGAGCUCCCGCUUAACAAAGAGCAGACAGAGAAGAUUCAGAGAAGCGUAGCGUAUGAGAAAAGCGCCAAAGAAGUGACAAACUGGCAGAGCAUCGUCAUCCAGAACCAGAAAGCAGAACAAUUGGUGUUUCCUCUGAACCAGGAGCCCUCGGGACCCAAACGGGUGGAGCAGGUGGUGGCCGGAUGGAAGGCUGAAACGGCUCUCGAACAAGAGAUUUUUCGACUCCUGCAUAUGAACAAGCAGCCGGUUCUUGACCCCGUCCUGACUGCGGUGGAGGAGGCAUCUCUGAUGGCCAUGAGUCUGGAGGAGGCUACUAUUCGUCGCGCCGAGCUGCAGAAGGCCCGAGCUCUGCACUCGUACUACGAGGCCAAAGCCAAAAGAGAAAAGAAAAUCAAGAGCAAAAAAUAUCACAGGAUUCAGAAGAAAGCCAAGCGAAAGGAGUUUCUCAAACAGUUUGAAGAGCGGAUGACGACAGACCCCACGGGAGCUCUGGAGGACCUAAAGAAGAUGGAGAUGUCCAGGAUGGAGGAGCGCAUGUCUCUGAAACAUCAAAACAGCGGCAAGUGGGCCAAAUCCAAAGCCAUCAUGGCCAAAUACGACGAUUCGGCCCGUAAAGCCAUGCAGGAGCAGUUACAGAUCAACAAAGAUCUGACCCAGAAGAUCGUGACCGUCUCUGACGACGAGCACGAAACUCCAGAAGAAUCUGAGACGGUUCCUGAUUUUGUCAAUGAGGUUGAGCCCAUCACUGACUCCGUCAAUCCCUGGAUGAGAAGCAGAAUUCCACAAGAAGAGCCUGAGAUCAGCUGCAUCACACCAGACAAACCUCAAACAUCGGAGGAAGAGGAGGAGGAGGAGAAGGAGGAGAAGAAUGAGGAAGAGGAACUUCUCGCAGAAUUCCAGAGAAGAAGGACGUUGAGACAGACCGAAGACGAUGACUUGAUUCCCACAGCAGCAGAAGAACAAAUAGUCAACACAUGUGAGGUGUCGAGAGAAGAGGUGGUUGGCGAAGGCACGGUGGAGAUUUCCGACAGUGAUGAGAAUGACAGUGAAGAGGAAGAGGAGGAGGACGUUUCUCAGUUCAACACACUUUUCAAACUCAUGAGCAGCGAGAAGACGCACGAGAGUCCGGCUCCGACACAGGACCAACAAGAAGAUGAAGAACAGCUGGAUGAAGGACAGCUUCGGGUCAGAAACAUGGAAGACCUGGAGGGGUUGGAAGUUUCGGACCCUCGGCCCGGGACCGCCGCACCCCUGUCAAUGCCUCAACCCACAGCUUCUGAGCCGACGGCGAAAAAGAGCAAACGAGAAAUCGACCUCAGUGAAGUUCUCACCAAAGAGGCCAAAACCAUCAAAGUGGCCAUGACGCCGACUGUGGUGGAGGAUGAAGAGCAUGAGGAGCAGAUCUCCAUCAUCAAGGAGGCGUUUGCUGGCGAUGAUGUCAUCUCGGAUUUCCUGAUAGAUAAGAGGAAACAGGAAGAGGCCGGACGCCCCAAAGUAGUGGACCUGACGCUGCCCGGCUGGGGGGAGUGGGGCGGCGUGGGUGUCAAACCGUCACAGCACAAACGCAAAAGAUUUAGGAAGAAAAUGGCUCCACCACCUUCCAGAAAGGACCAGAAACUGCCUGAUGUCAUCAUUUCAGAGAAGAGAAAUUCAUCCAUAGCCACCCAUCAGGUCAGUCAUCUGCCGUUCCCCUUUCAGAACUCGACACAGUUUGAGUCCUGCAUCCGAACUCCCGUCGGCCAGUCGUGGAACACGCAGACCGCCGUGAAGAAGAUGACCAUGCCGAAGGUGGUCACUAAAGCGGGUGCCAUCAUUGAACCUCUGGUGAAAGAAGACUACAUUAAACAUAAAAGCACCAAACCGGCGGGCAAAGGCCCCGCCAUCUUACUGAACGACAAGAGAGGAGCCAAAGACGGCAAACCUUCACACAAAAAUAAAGGGAGGGAUUCACAGAAGAGACGGAGAAACAAACCCUGAUCAUAUUGUCAUGUAACUAAAGAUUUGAAUGAAAGACACUUUUAGAAUUAAAAGUCAAAACAAAAAGAUCUUGUGUGCAGAGUUCUUUUCACAUGAA